CGGCGCGGUGCGGGGGCGCAGGAGGUGCGGCGCGCCGUGCGGGGCCGUUGUUGAUGAUGAUUUUUUUUUUAAUCACAGCAGCCCCAGUUUAGCGGAUUGAUUUACUCGCAGUAUUGGUAAAUAUGAUCACGUGGGCUCCGCAACCAAUGGUUGAGGGUUGCAGUCUGCAAAAUACUACGAUUGUUCUCCGGGAGGGUAUCAUAUACAGUUAACAGUGUAACCUUUUAUAUGACUAAGAGGGGAGCCUAAAAUGUCGUCUAGUGGCACCAUAAGUAACUAUUAUGUCGAUUCUCUCAUAGGCCAUGAAAGCGAAGAAGUUUAUGGGAGUAGAUUCGUCCAGGGAGGUCACAGUGCGACCUCCAGGCCAUCAGGUGUUGCAGAGGGUUCAGAUUUUUCCUCUUGUAGCUUUGCACCAAAAUCCACCGUGUUUUCCACCUCCUGGUCCACUGUUCACCACCAGCCGUCUGCGGCAAUGACCGGCAUCUACCACCCCUACAUGCACCAGCCCCACUUAGGGGCAGCCGACGCCGGCCGCUACGUGCGCUCCUGGAUCGAGCCCUUCCCGGGCUUCCCGGGCGGCGGCGGCGGAGGAGGCGGAGGCAGCGGAGGCAGCGGAGCCAGCAGCAGCGGCGGCUCCGCGUCCAGCUCCGGCUCCUCCAACGCGCGCCACUACGGGAUAAAGCCGGAGACGGGAGCAGCCGCCUCCUCGUCUUCCUCCUCCUCUUCCUCCUCCUCCAAAAGGACUGAGUGCUCCUCGUCUCGGGAGUCCCAGGGGAUCGGUGUGCCCGAGUACACGUGCAGCUCCUUCCUCCAGGAGUCCCGGGAGAAAGCGCCUGCCGGCAGCUCCAAGGACCCCGCCGCCUGCAGCCACAACCCCAGCCCGAGCAGCGAUCUGAAAGAGGAGAAGCAGCAGCAACUUGACCCAAAUAACCCUGCAGCAAACUGGAUCCACGCUCGUUCAACGAGGAAAAAGCGUUGUCCCUACACAAAGUAUCAAACUCUGGAACUGGAAAAGGAAUUUCUGUUUAACAUGUACCUCACCCGAGACCGCCGUUACGAAGUAGCUAGGAUUUUAAACCUCACAGAGAGACAGGUCAAAAUCUGGUUUCAGAACAGAAGAAUGAAAAUGAAAAAGAUGAACAAGGAGAAAGGCAAUAAAGGAGACUAACACUGGGGCAGAAAUGUAGUUGGGGGACUAUUGAUUUACUUUUGAGUUUGGAUUUUUAUCGGGGGAGUGUGGGUUUUUGGAUUUGGGGUUUUUUUGUUUGUUUU